AUGGUUUGCAUGAAGACAUGGUUGGUUGUGACAACUCAUGUUGUUUCUGUUAUUGUUGUGUUGGUGAAUGGGAAAUCCCAAGUGCCAGGGUUAUAUAUAUUUGGAGACUCAUUAGCAGACAAUGGAAACAACAAUAAUCUUCCAACAAAUGCUAAAGCAAAUUACACACCAUAUGGCAUCGACUUCCCAAAUAGAAACCCAACUGGAAGAUUCACAAAUGGUCUUACCUCAAUUGAUAUAAUGGCCUGCCAUCUGGGAUUUAAGGAUUUCAUCCCACCCUUUGCAAACACAAGUGGUUAUGACAUUUUUAAAGGCGUCAACUAUGCAUCCGGUGCUGCUGGAAUUCGUUUUGAGAGCGGCAGGCAACUGGGAAGCGUUAUCAGCUUGGGAGAACAGAUAAGAAACCACAAAAUCAUUGUAUCGAGAAUAACUGAAAGAUUGGGAAGUUAUGAGAGAUCAUUGGAAUACCUUCGUAGGUGUUUGUAUUACGUGAAUAUUGGAAGCAAUGAUUACAUAAACAAUUACUUUCUUCCUAACUCAUCUACCAGCGCCACAUAUACUCCUCAGCAAUAUGCCCAAGUUCUUGUUCGUCAGUUAUCUCUCUAUGUAAAGGAUCUGCAUGAUGCUGGAGCUAGAAAGGUUGUAAUGGUUGGGCUGGGAGCUAUAGGGUGUAUUCCUCGUUUUAUCAAUACAACAACCGGAUCAUGUGAUAAUGACUUGAAUGCUGCUGCUUUCCUCUUUAAUGAAAACCUGAAAGGCCUUGUUGAUAGAUUCAACAACAAGUCUGAUGGCUCCAAAUUCACCUUUGUAAACAGCACUGUUGGCGACCUUACUGACCCUUCACUUGGUUUCAUGGUCUUCACCUCCAGCUGCUGCCCGACUCGCGCAGACGGGCAGUGUGCUGAAGGUGGAGUGCCAUGCAGCAACAGGAAUAGGUACUUCUUCUGGGAUGAAUUCCAUCCAACACAAGCAGUCAACACCUUAACUGCAUUACAAACAUAUAAUGGUACAACUCCAGGAUUCACUGAUCCAGUGAAUAUCCAAACCCUCGUUCACUCUUGA